AUGGAUACUUCAGGUGAAAUUAAGAGUAAACACUAUAUAGCUGAUAUGAUGGCUGGAGUUAUACAAGAAGUAGGGGAAGAAAAUGUGAUCCAAGUUAUAACAGAUAAUGCUCCUGUAUGCAAAGCUGCAGGAAUGAUCAUUGAAAGUUCAUGUCCGAAAGUUUUUUGGACUCCUUAUAUUGUGCACACAUUAAAUCUUGCAUUGAAGAACAUAUGUGCUGCCAAAAAUACUGAAAGAAAUGAGGUAGUAUGGACUGAAUGUAAUUGGAUUACUCAGAUUGCUGAUGAUGUUUCUUUUGUUAGAAAUUUUAUCAUGAACCACUCUAUGAGAAAUGUCAUUUUUAAACAAUUCUCAUCUUUCAAAUUACUUGAUGUUUUUGACACACGUUUUGCAUCUGUCAUUGUAAUGUUAAGAAGAUUUAAAUUCUUGAAGCGUUCUUUGCAAUCAAUGGUUAUUAGUGAAGAAUGGAAUUCUUAUAGAGAGGAUGACAUGGAGCCUAUUUAUAAUAUGGUUAGAGUUUGUGAUACCGAUGAGUCCACACUUCAUUUGGUAUAUGAGAUGUGGGAUUCUAUGAUAGAGAAGGUGAAGGCAUCAAUAUAUAGGCAUGAAGGGAAAGAUUUAAAUGAUACAUCAAUAUCACCAUUUUAUAAUGUUGUUUAUUCGAUACUAAUUGAUAGGUGGUCUAAGAAUUGUACCCCUCUUCACUGUUUGGCUCACUAUCUAAAUCCAAGGUAUUAUAGUGAUGAAUGGCUUCGUGAGGAUCCAAAUAGAGUUUCUCCACACGAGGAUGAAGAGAUAUGUACACAAAGAAAUAAUUGUUUUCGAAAAUUGUUUACAACGGUUGAGGAAAGAAAAAAGGUUAAAAUUGAAUAUGCUAAUUUCUCAUCAAAAUCAAAUAGUUUUGAUUCUUUUUACUCUAUUGAAGAUAGAUGGGUAUUAGACCCCAAAUCUUGGCGGGUUAUGCAUGGUUCUCCCGCUCCUCUUUUUCAAAAGCUUGUCUUGAAGCUUCUUGUGCAACCUAGCUCGUCAUCUUGUUGUGAAAUAAAUUGGAGUACCUAUUCAUUCAUCCACUCUUUAAAAAGAAACAAAUUGAAUCCUAAAAGAGUUGAAGACUUGGUUUAUGUGCAUACAAAUUUGAGGUUGUUGGGUAGGAAAUGUGAAGAAUACAAAGAAGGGAGUACUAAGAUGUGGGACAUUGGUGGAGAUGCAUGGGAAAGUUUUGAUGGUGUUGGAACUCUUGAAGUUGCAUCAUUGUCUCUUGAUGAUGGCGAAGGAGGAGACGACAUUGAUACUAUACCAAUAUCUUAG